UCUUCGUUUCAACACCACAAGUUUGAAAACAAAAGUGAAAAGAGAAACACUUCACCAUUGUCUGUACUCUGAAUUUCAUUACCAUCCUAGCUCCCUCCUUCAAUCAUGGCCUCAGACACUGCUGAAGUCCUUAAAGAAAACUUCUUGGAAUUUUUCAAAGAUAGUGAGUCUUUUAACCUAUCACCUACUAUCUCUUCCAUAUUGAAGGAAAUAGAAGCAGAAUUCUCAGAGUACAAAGGAUUCUGGUCACCUCCACCUGUUGAGUCCCUACAUUAUUUGUACCAACUGGAUCAUGCAAUUGCCGAGUGUCGUGCAAACAAGAAAACCUUCUCCAUGUUCUCACGUCUUGAUCCAGUAGAACGUGCCAACGAGACCGUGUUGAAAAAUAUCAAGGAGUAUCUCCAAGACACGAGGAAUUUCAAAAAUAAUAUUAAUGAAUACUCAACCUUCCCCUUGUUCUCUUCAUGCAGGUACCCCACGGGAAAUGAUGCGCCAGACCUUUCAGUAUUCGAUGGAGAAAUGGAAAAGAUUGUGAAAUGGCUUGAAUCCAAUAAUGGGUUCAAGGCCAUUGGUAUUCAUGGAAUGUGCGGCACGGGAAAGACCACUCUUGCCAAAAUGGUUCUGAAUGAUCCACGAGUCAGAGACAAGUACAAGAAGCCCAUAUGGGUGUGUUUGUACGACUUGCAAUCAAAAGAAGAAAUGGAUAUUAGGAUUGUUAAGGAGAUGUUGGCACUUUUGGAUGAUGAUCCUGAUCUAUUGGCAGAGGAACCUGAAGAUAAGUGGCUGGUGAAAAAUCUUCAUGAUAAACUCUUGGAUCAGAAGAAUUACUUGAUUGUGUUGGAUGCUGUGUGGCAUUGCAACGAUUGGUUUAAUAAUUUGUUCUGUGUUGAUCAAGAUGGUGGUGAUACGAGCAAAGAACUCUUUUCCCAAGCCUUGCCCAAGGAAACUGGUGGUGCUGUCAUUGUCACCAGCAGACAAAAGGAAGUGACUACUAAAUUGGUGCGUGAAGAGAAUUUGAUUCAUCUUAAGCCUUGGGAUGAUGAAAAAUUGAAGAACUUUGUGAAGCAGUGUUUGAAAAAACAAGAUAAAAUCACUCAGGAAAACAUUGACUGUGUUGCUUAUCAUUGUCAUGGUAUUCCUUUUGUUGCUGCAACCAUCUCAGGUUGGAUAGCUGAGCAGAUCACCAAGACGUCAGAUUCUAAUUGAUCUAUACAUACAGUGUGCGUGUUUAUGAUCUUGUUGUUUUGUUAUGAGAUUUACUUUUAACAGAAGCAUCAAUUCCCAUGUCCUUUGAAUAAGUUUAUACCAUCCUUAUGAUAGAAGGUUAAAAUGAAUGUAAAAGAUAUAAGAACUUAGGGAAGUUCAUUCUCAUCUUCCAACUGUAAACUUCUGCAUAAAUAAAUUUCCAAAUAAAAGUAUU